AUGAGUCCAGAGACCCAAAGCCCGAGGGACGACGAGAGGAGGCCGCUGCUUGCCAAUCCGCAAAAUGCCCAGGCUACACGUCGAAAAGGCCUACUGCAUAGCGCACGUAGAGAGGGAACGCACGCCAUGAUGGCAGCCUUGACGUGCAGCUAUUCCAACGUGCUGCUUCCCUGCGUCCCUCUGGGCCUCAUGGCCGGCUCAUGGGGAUGGCCGCCGGCCGCCGUCUUCGUUCUCAACUUUCUGGCCAUGUUGCCGCUGGCUUCUAUCCUCACAUUCGGAACCGAGCAGUUGGCUGCCAUUGUUGGUUCUGUAGCCGGCGGCCUGAUCAAUGCCACGUUUGGCAAUGCAGUAGAAAUGAUUAUUCUUGGAACGUGUUUCCUACUAUCUGGCCUGGGGAAGAAAUCAGUCGACAUCAACAUCGACGUCGCCGGAGUUCUGACGUCCCUCAUGAUCAUAUCCUGCGUAUCGCUCAUCAUGCCCUCGGCACUGCACAUGGCCGACCCAAACCAGAGCGGCUCCAGCGACCAUCCGAGCGAGCAUGUUUUGCUUCUGUCACGCAUCACCGCCGUCAUACUGCUCUUAUUUUACCUCAUAUACCUGUACUUCCAGUCGGUCACGCACGCAGACCUGUUCAGCGAGGAGGAAGACGAGCCAGAGAACAAGCUUCACGGCCUAUCCAGCAGUAUCAUCCUCGUCCUCGCCACCCUCGGCGUUUCCUUCUGCUCUGAUGCGCUCGUCGAUAGUGUCGACGGCUUUGUCGAAGCGCUGGGGGUGAGCAGAAGCUUCAUCGGCUUGAUCAUUGUGCCGAUUGUCGGCAACGCAGGGUGCUUGGUAGGGACAGUCCAGUGGUCGAGGUCCGAUCGCGUGAAUCUCGCCGUUUCCGUCAUUGUCGGGGCGACGCUGCAGAUCUCGCUCUUUGUCACGCCCUUUCUCAUCGUGGUUGGCUGGAUCAUGGGCAAGCCCAUGUCGCUGCAGUUCGACACGUUUGAGACCAUCGUGUUGACAAUGUCGACCCUGGUUGUCAACUGCAUCGUGCACGAUGGGUCGACGAAUUAUUUCGAGGGCUUGUUGCUGGUGGGCACGUAUGUCAUUAUUGGCAUCGCCUUCUUCGUGCACCCUGACGAUAUUGCGGCAGCAACUUCAUCGUGA